AGGUGGUGCGGAGGAAACAUUGUGAUAUUCAAGGGUUCCGCCUUUUUCUUCUCUGUUAACCCCGCCUUUUCCGCUAAUCUGGCCAAUAGGAAGAGGUUUUACUGAAAACCCUGGGUUUGCCGCUAAAACCAAAUUUCUUUAGACCUACCGACCAGCUCGAGUGUUUCAAUACCGCCAAACAGACUCCCAAAAGAAUCCAGACCUGGGACUGCAGCCCAGCUGUUAGCAAUGGGAAUCACUGGACUGCUGCAGUUCAUCAAGGAUGCAGCAGAACCCAUCAACGUGAAGAAGUACAAGGGCCAAACGGUGGCUGUGGACACUUACUGCUGGCUGCACAAAGGAGCCUUUUCCUGCGCCGAGAAGCUUGCUAAAGGAGAGCCGACGGAGCAGUAUGUGUGGUACUGCAUGAAGUUUGUGGACAUGCUGCUGAACUUCAGCAUCAAACCUAUCCUGGUGUUUGACGGGCGUAACCUGCCGUCUAAGCAGGAAGUGGAAAAGGCCCGUCGAGAGCGGCGGGAAGCCAACCUCCAGAAAGGCAAACAGCUGCUGCGGGAAGGAAAGCUGUCGGAGGCUAGAGACUGCUUCACACGCUGUGUGAACAUCACUCCCACCAUGGCUCACAACCUGAUCAAGGCGGCCAGGGCGAGGGGGGUGGACUGCCUGGUGGCCCCGUACGAAGCAGACGCUCAGCUGGCGUUCCUCACCAAGUCUGGUUUGGCUCAGGCGGUCAUCACCGAGGACUCUGACCUGCUGGCGUUUGGCUGCAAAACCGUGAUCCUGAAAAUGGACAAGCAGGGCAACGGUUUGGAGAUAGAUCAGGGUAACUUGGGCCGCUGCCGCUCCCUGGGAAACGUUUUCACCGAGGAGAAGUUCCGGUACAUGUGCAUCCUCUCCGGCUGUGACUACCUUCCCUCGCUGCACGGCAUCGGCCUGGGGAAGGCCUGCAAGCUGCUGCGGCUCGCCAAAGACCCGGACAUCCUAAAGGUGAUUAAAAAGAUGGGUCAGUACCUGAAAAUGAAUCUCGUGGUGCCUGAAGAAUACGUGGAGGGCUUCGUCAGGGCGAACAACACCUUCCUCCAUCAGCUGGUGUUCGACCCUGUCCAGCGGAAGGUGGUUCCCUUAAACCCGUACCCAGAGCACACUGACCCCGCCUCCCUCAGCUACGCUGGCCUGAAUCUGGGAGAUGACAAAGGCUUGGAGAUGGCUCUGGGGAACCUUGACUUCAACACGAUGGAGCGGAUCGAUGACUUCCAUCCAGACGAGCUGCAGCCAGGCAAACAUCGCACCAACAGCUGGAAGGACUCACCGGCCUCCAGCAGGGGCAGCAUUUGGAGCAGAGACUUCACUCCAGCACCCCCAACCCAACCUGCUGCCUCCCCACACAGGCCUCCCCCCACCAGGGGGCAGGAGCGGGUCAUCAGCGUGGACAGGCUGCAGCUGCCGAGCAGAGAGCUGCACGUGAAGAGGCCCAGAGAGGACUGUGAUGUUCCUGACCAGGAAGUUCUGGACCAGUACUCCACGUCUGUGCAGAAGAAGUCUAAGCCGGAACCCAAACCGGACCGGCCUGCGGUCACCAGCAAGCCCCGAAUAACAAACCGCUUCGCCACACUGCUGCAGAGGAGGAACCGAGAUGAAGAGGAGGACAGCCAGGCGACCCACAGCAGGUUCUUCAGCAGCUCCAGAUCAGCAGGCGGUCCCGGCGUGGAGGAGCCUGUCCAAGAACCAGCAGCUGCAGGUCCAAGUGAGGACAAACCCUCGCUCAGCAUCCAGAGUGAGGACAGCGACAGCCCUGAUGGGGCAUCUGUGGAUCCCCCCACUCCAUCUGAAUCCCCCACUAGCAGCCCCCCCAGUUCAGCCAGGCAGGGACUCCGGCUCUUCCAGUGGGCUGACCGCUCCUCAUCCCUGGAAACGCCCAGAGCAUCAAAGUCGACCUCAGGUCUGGCCUCUCUGCAGCAGUUCCACUACAAGAGGGAGACUCUGUCCUCCUCGCAGACCUCCAGAGACUCUCCCUCCCCCGACAAAAAGUCUGAAGACAGCCUGUCAGACUCCCCUCCCUCCCAGGACAGCGCCUACUUCUCCCAGUCUCAACCCCAGCUGACUCCCUGUGACCGAGAGGACGCCCCCGCCUCUGAUCAAGCAUCGGAACUCCAAUCAAGUCAUGAAUCUGAGGCAGAACCAGAAAGCCCCGCCCCACAAACAGAUCCAAAACCGAGCAUGAUGGGAUCAAAGGUUUCUGGACUGUCCAAACUGACCUCCAGCGGUCAGCUCCAAGCGGCAAAGACUCGAGCGCUGGGCCCCGCCAGAGUCAGCGGACUCAGGAAGAAGCCCACAGCUUCUGGAAAGAAAGGCUCACCCCCCAAUAACGAGAACAGCCCGGGGGUCCAGGCCACCAUCAGCGGCCUCUGGAAAAACUUCAGCUUCAAAAAAGACACUCAGAAGUUGAGUCCCUGCAGGAAAGGAGCGCCAAUGUCUCCAGUCAAAGACAACGUGGUGGCCAGCUGACCUGAGCUCGAUCUCCACCUCUGAGCAUGCUCAGAACCAUCCUGUGCUGUUCCUCUGGUCCCAGAGAGGCAGCUAAUCUUUUAAACAUACUGUGUAUGUUGAUGAUUUCUCACUUGUUAUUGCACAAUCUUCAAUAAAAGGACACUUUUGUA